AUGUCUUUCCGAAUUUUCCUGAUUUUUUCGUUGAUCGCAAUUGUUUUUGGCUCUCGAAUUCCAAGAGCAAUUCAUUCUGGCGGAUGUCCAAAAAAUGCGGUUUAUAAAGAAUGCACAAAUUUGUGUCCAGCGAAAAGUUGUCAGAAUUAUAUGCAGGUUGGAUUUUAUUUUGAAAAGAUUAGAAACUAUUUUUUCAAAAAUUGAAAUUUCAAAUUUGAUUUUUUUUUUUGGUUUUUAGAAUUUUCGCUACAUUUUAGAACCUUGAUUUUUGAAAUUCACCUGAAAUUUGGAGCAUUUUUCGGGAAACAAUGAGAAAAUUGAAAUUUCUGGGGAAUUUUGAAUUCCACUUGGAAUUUGAAGCAGUUUGAGCUCACGAACUGGAUUUUUCGGAAAAAAAAUGAGAAAAUUUGAUUGCAAAUGUUGAAAUUUUUAAAUUUCACGUGAAAUUUGGAGCAUUUGUUGAGCUUGACCAGAUUUGAAUUGUUGCAUGAAAAUUCAAAUUUUUGCGGAUUUUCGAAUUCCACGUGAAAUUUUGAGUUCAGAAACUGGAUUUUUUGAACAAACUUCAAUUUUAAAGUCAGAAUUGCCGUAACGCCUGAUUUUUUUUAGGUUUCUGGCUGCUUCUCACUUCGUUGUGCUCCACCCGGUUGUAUUUGCAAAGAAGGACAUGUUCUCUUGAAUUCUGCCGAUUCAUCACAAGGUUGUGUUCCAAGAGAAACUUGCAGGUGAAUAUUUCAUUGAAUUAUUUGAUAUUCCUGAUUUUCUAUCAUUUUUCAGCAAACUUGCCAAAAUUCAAAAUGCAACAACAACUGCUUCAAACUAA